UGACAGGCCAGGCGACAGCUGUUGUCAUUCGAAUUAUGAAUUGACUUGUACAAGGAAUGAACAAUGUUUUGACGACCAGUGUGUGUAUUGUAAAUCCGUUUAAAUGCCGUCCGCAAAUAAGACAUAUAAAUGUAAUAUAAAGAAAUAAAACAUAAAUCCUAUCUAUAAAAAUUUGGAAUCUUGUGCUCCGCCUGCGCACAGGUAGUUGAUAAAAUGAGAAUUUUAUAUUUUUUUAUUCUAUAUUUGUGUAUCGUGAUUAAUGGAGAAAAAGAAACCGAGGAAGAAGCAAACCGAAAGAGAAUUAUCGAGCAGUUAACAAGAACUCGCACUGUUUUGCUAGAUGAUUACCUUUUAGUGACAAGACACAUCGCAACCGAUGUAUAUAUGUACAGAAGUUAUCGUACGGUGUCCGUUGUAUUUUACCGCAUAGAGAGCGAUAUCGUCGAUGCACUUUUCACAUUUCAGUCCGAGGAGCUUCAUAUGAACAAUAUAGGCUCCUGCAGUCCUCAAGAGGUAAUAAUAAAUUUAAAACACGGUUCGUACCCGGCUGUAAAUCCGGACGGCUUCAAAUUUCCCAAACACUUCAUAGAACCGACAUCCAGGGAGGGUAUACACACACUGGAAAUAUUAUCUGAUGGAAGGAACAAAACGUAUUCAAUACGAAACCCAAAUCCAGGGUACUGGUUUGCUUUAGUGUACAUAAAAUGGGAGGAUCCAAGGACGCAGAAAGUUGAGCAGCAAGGUCUCGUUCCCAACUGCCAGACAAUUUUGUACACUGAUCUACAAGUGAAAAAAGAAAAAAAUAUCGAACUAAUAGACUGCUUCAACGGCAUCACCAUAGAUUAUGCGAACGUACCGGCACUAUUCAAAUGCAUCUCCAUAGACAGUUCUGAUCCAAUAAGCAUCAAUGUUGCAAUCGUAAAUGCAUCUACGGAGGAUACAAUAAAUUUCAAAUUACAAGCGCGUUCGUUACCAACAGAUGAAAAUUUCAUAAUCAACUGUGCCUUUGAUCCAAAACUAGACAGUCAAACAAUAACAUUCAUACCGCAUCCAAACGCGUGGCAUUAUAUACAAAUAGAUCGCAUAAAAGGAAACACGUCAAGUUUCGCCGAUUGCGAAUCUUACCUUCGUUCAGAUAUCGAUGAUGUUGACAACCGCACGACUUUAGACUUUAUGAGAGACAAUAAAGAUCGAUUUUUCACAUUCGAUUACGGAUUACCUACAACAGACAUACAGGAUGCUACCAGCUUAAUAAAUAUCACGUCUUCUGAAGUCAAAACUUUGCGGUACAAAGUAAAUCAAUUUGUAGACAUAGGCGGUAGUUUGGCGAUCGAGACUAGCCUUCUUAUGAGUUAUAAGUAUUAUACAGUAGCAGGAUAUAAAAGGGAAGUGGAAAAAGGUGCUUUACUUGCCUUCACGGAAGACAAUCAGUUUUUUAAAGCGGUGAUUUGUAUGGACAUCGGGCAUCCAAGCAUACCAUUAGAGACUGGCCAUUGCAAAUAUAACGAUAAAGUAAAGCCUGCCUUAUUCGUCCUGAACAGUACAGAUUCUGAGUCCAUAUAUGGCAAAGUCAUUAUUCCUUUCCCGGAAAGCGGUACGUGGUAUCUGUCGCUGAGGAUAUUUUGCGAUGAAGUUGUCUGUCCCUGUCGCACUUCUGAUAACGGUACUAAAUAUUAUGUUGAUUCUGCGAGGAGUGAAAGGGACGGAGAUGAUGAACUGAGCUCAGUUGGAAACAACACUAGGCCUGGCACGUCACAGUGCAACGCGACGGUGGUGCUGUCGGUGUCUUCAAAAUCGUGCGUUGCUGGCGGGUGCAGUAACCACGGCAACUGCUUGCUGACCACUUUCGGAGGGAUGGUCAUGUCCUUCUGCUCUUGCACGGCUGGAUACGGAGGUUGGGACUGUUCUGACGACUCGCGCAUGGACAGCAGAAUAUACAUGUUGGUCUCCGUUCUCUUCUUGACGUUAAGUAACCUCCUCUUUCUCCUAUCAGUGUACGUAGCCAUCAUUCGCCUCUACUACACCGAGGCAAUGAUGUACGGCUUCACAAUGGUCUUCUCCACAUUCUACCACGCUUGCGACGCCCCCAUCCAAGUCGCGUACUGCAUCGUGCGCGGCAACAUCCUCCAAUUUGGAGACUUCUACGGCGGGCUCAUGUCUUUCUGGGUCACUUUACUCGCCAUGAGCAUUGUUAGUGAACGAUUCCGGUCUUUUUUCCAACUAAUAGGUGCAAUAGUUAUAGCUUUAUUAACUACUUGGAAUAUGCAUUCGUUCGUAUCCUUCGUACUGCCGGUAGCUGUAGGCGUAGUUGUUCUUCUAGUAUCAUGGUAUUUGGAUUACAGAAAGAAUCGCUCGAUGAGAUACCCUAGGUCUUAUUACACGGUUUAUAUGCCGCUAGGUUUAGUUCUAGUUUCAAUAGGUCUUAUAUGUUACGGUUUUUUACAAACUGAACAGAAUUACAAAAUAGUUCAUUCGUUCUGGCAUAUGAUCAUAGCUUUAAGUGUAGUGUUUUUACUGCCCGAUGUGAAACGGGAUGUCGACUCAAAUCCGUUUGUUCCGAGUCCAAAUUAUUGCAGGUUGUCAUUCUGUAAGAUGUUCAAUAGAUCUCAAACUCCUAUGAGGUCUGACUGAGGUGCGGAAUUGUUUAUUAUUUUAUAGUGACUAAAUGAAAGUGUUCUUAAAAGAAUCAAAUAGCAUGCCUCAUGAGUCUUGAAUGACCAGUUUUUACCUUUUAUUAUCAGCGGCUCUAGAAUGUGCCGUAACGAACACGGCACAUAGGUUCGUGUCGUUUUAUUGUGAUGAUGGUGAUUGGUUGAUAGACCAUCGCCUGAGUCACAUGCUCACUCAUGCUCAAUCACAUGCAUAGUCUGUCGACCAAUCACAACGGAACGACACGAGCCUUCGUCUCAUUUUUACUACAUUCUAGGUAGGCAUGUGACAAACGCCAUAUUUUCAAAUUGAUAACUAAAGCAUAUACAUAUGUUAGUAUUUUCAAAUCAAUUAACGGUCAGCGCAGACAGACGAAUGUGAUCAUAGACGUCACACUACACUCCAAAAAGAAAUUCGACCGUUCGUGAUAUUUUGUCCUUUAUUGAACUUAGUCUAAUCCAAUUCGUCCGCCUGCGCCGACUCUUGUCUGAUUUAUACAAUAGUUUCUCGCAGGACAGAUACGGGAAUAUAGUAGAAAAAUUUCGCAUGUGAGAAUCUAUUAUGCAUUUUUUAAAAUAUGUUUUAUAGUUUAAUUAACCUUAUUAUUGAACAAUUAGAAUCGAGAAUUGCACAAAGUGUUUUCGAAGGCGAACUUUAAAUUUUAUUUUCAGCAGCGAGAAACUAUGUUUAAAUCGGGCUUAAAUAGAGAUUCGGUUAGUAUUUUAAGGCCGUCGCCUCGCGGUCAUUAUUAUAAGGAUAAUUUUAAUAUUUCGAUGAGUCACUAUUGCAAGCUCUAUUAAUUAUUACUUACGUAGAAAAAUUCGAUAAAAAAAUUUCAUGGUGGUAAAAUUUAUAAAGAUCAUAAGUUAUAUUUUUCUUUCGGGAUUAUUGAUAUUAAUUUUUACUAAAAAUUAUAGAAUUAGGUGUUAAAUAUAAUUCUAUUUGUGCAAACAUAACAUAGAAGCUUGUAAUAGCGAGCCAGCGAUUCAUAGAUAUAACGACGAUAUAUUCCUGCUAGUCAUCAGUGAGUAUAGAUUUUUAUACGUGUGCCGUUAAAUAAUCUUUUUUAUGUAUCGCACCUUUAGAAUUACAAUGACACAAGUGAAAAAAAAAAACAUUAAAUCGACUUAUAAUCCACAAAAAUUUGAAAGUGAAAACUCGGGAUCUAUGAAACCGUUUUUUUUUUCCUCUAAUUGGAAGCUACGUUACUCCUGAGUGCUAUAGGCUAUUUUUUAUCCCGGGAAAACUCUUUCAUGCGGGCGGAGCCGCAGGCAAAAGCUAGAUUUAACAUAAUUUAAUAAACGGUAUAAUAACAUUAUGCUUGGUACAAAAAAAAAACAUUAUAUUGGAGAUAAAGUGCUAUUUGUAUGUUUUAAGUAAUAAGUAGGUGAAUUAUAUAAUUGUCGAAGAAAUUCAUGAAUUUUGUCGUUCAGAAUCUUAUAUUUUACAAUUAUAGUAAGAUUUGAUUUCCCAUAAUAAUUCAUAAUUGUAUCCAAAACUGUUAACGGGUAACAAUAGAAAUACGAGAAAUAUAUUUUUAAACGCGAGAAACUAGUUAAGCCAUGAUUUAAAAAAUAGGUAAUAACGUUUACAGGUAAAACAAAGUCUUGCCCCAAGAAAGCUCUUUGUAAAUAAGCCGUUUUGUGAUAAAAUAAAUCGAGAUUAUUUUUUUUAAAUACCUUUGAUAAUAUUAUUUUUGGCCAAGUCAAAGUCGUUACUUUAAAAGAUAAUAUUAGUUUUAAUAUUGUCAUUGAAAGUAACGACCAAAAAACAGUCCACAAAAAAAAUGAAAAAAGUCGCAGGAACUAAUUUAAUGUUCAAUAUCCAAGUUAUUGCUUUUUUUUCAACUCCAAAAUCCUGUUUAUAGCAUUAAUUAUUAAGUACAAUUAGGUUAGCAUAUUUUUCAACUGAAUUUAAACCGUUUAUUUGUAUUGAUACUUUAUUGUAGUGUAUUACGACACACAUUUGUUUGAAUAUAUCAGGUGCUUAUUAUUCUUGAUAGCAAAAGCUAAGUUAAUUGUUUUUUUGCACAAUUAUUUAUUUAUAAUUUUUUGUAUUUAAAAUAUUAGUAUAUUUACAUAUGUAAAUUAUAUCUGCCAGGUUUAUAAAUUAGAUAAUUGUAAAUGAAAUUUUAAGGCUGGCUUGCACAACGACUUAACAUUUUAGUGCUCAACACAUUUAUAAUUUCGUGCUUUCACUGUUAUUCAUUAAGAGUUGACGAAGACAGCACUAUUAUUAAAAUAUAUGUAGCGUUAAACAUAUUUAGUGAGAAGUUGUGCAAGCCAGCCUAAGUGUACCUUUUUUAAAACUGUUAUUUACUUUGUGUUAGUAAGAACUCACCUGUACCUUCGACUGUAUCCUACAUUCCUAUUUUGUAUAGUUUUUACCGUAUUCACGUUUAAUUUUUGUGUUCCAGAAAGUUACCAAUUAGAAUAAUGUAGUUUCUAAAUAUUACCUACAAACUAACGUAUCACGUUUUUCCUACAUUUAAUUUGGAUGUACGUUCAUAUUGAAUUUUACAAUAGAAUUAUUAAACAUCACAAAUAAUUGUUACAAUAUUAAAAUUCUCAAAUAUAAUGCCAAGUGUAACCGAUAUUCUUGGCACAUAUUGUAAUAGGGUAUUUGACUGUCUGAUUUUGUGCAUUAUUUAUAUGUAACAGUAAUUUAUAUAAUAAAUAAGUCCUGUGAAAACAGCAUUAAAAUUCGAUAAGAAAUAAGGCAGUUAUUUAUAUUUCGAAUAUUGUUGCGUGCAGUAGUGGGGAUAUCGCUCCAUCUCUUUCUAUCACACGCCUCGUAAUUCCCGAUGAGGUCACAUCCAAGUAUUUCGUCCCUUUUCUGUUUUUUGACACAUAAUCCUACUACAUAUACUAAAUGGCUAAUUACUUGUAUAUUAUUAAUCAAAUUUCAAUGACAUUUUCUGUUUUAGAAUUUACACGAAGUACAUUAAAAAUAAGUCAAGUACCCUAUUAUCUUUGUUUAGUCUAAGAUGGGUUGCUAUAGUAAUUUAACAGACGAAAAUAAUCCUAUUACUGUUCCUGAUGUAGAAAUAUUAAAUGUUAUAGAUAAAUUAUAUCACAACACAUUUUACGUCUGUUAAAACUAAAUCCAAUAGAAUUGAUAUAAGUUAACUUAACGCCUUACUAAAACGUUUUAUGCGUUUAGAAUAGUUGUAUUUUAGUAUUUAGUCUUGCUACUUUGAGACAUACACCUGAGAGAACCAGACAAAACAUUGUUUAAUAAUGACAGAUUAUAAUAAUCAUUACCGUAUUUGUCCUUGGCUUAAAUAUGGGCCAGUUUUUACCCCGCAUGUCCUGUAAACGGGCGUGCGCGUCGACAGCUUCUAACUCAGAGAGAGCGAAUCUCAAAUUUUCAUCUGGGAAGGCAAAAUGUUUUUUUUUUAUAUAGGUAAUCCCAAUUGAACACAAAUAGAUACAUACAAAACUAUGUUUUGAAUCUAAGGAGUGGCAUCUGACCCUACCCUCAACCUCCUGUUCUCCUGGCGACGCGCGUGCCCCUACCUAUACGGGCUAUUAACAAGUAUGGCACGGUACAAGCCCUGUAGUGUAGAUAGUACCUAUGUUCUAUCUUUUGCUGGAAAUGACCCGCUACUACUACGACUAUGGUAAACUAAUUAAACGUUUUAAUAAGGCGGUAUAUUAUAUAAUACAACAAAAUUAAUCGAACAAGUUUUUUUUUGUGAUACCAGAUAGCUGUGCUAAAUCAUGUUUUAAAAUACUCUGACGGUGCCUUAUAAAGUCACGUUCAACAAAUUGAUGUUAUUGUGCCAUUAUUAUACAUAAGUGUACAAUAUAGUGUAAGCGGAAAGUACAGUAUAUUUUUUAAUCUAUUUUUUAGACUCUUACGGCCGAUAUCAAUAAAGGCCGUUUUGUAAUAAACGAUCUCGAUCUCUACUUUCGAUCUAUCGGUGAAAUGGACCAAUCAGAACAUUGCUUAUUGACAAGUUUUCAAAUAACCCAUUUUGAUUGGUUUAUUAUCGGGAUCGAAGAUUAAGAUUUAGAUCGUUUAUGGAAAACGCCCGUAAAUUAUCUAUUAUCUUCAGAUCCAUCUUUAGCGAUGAUUGCCAAUCAAAACGUUAUUUUAUUAAGCUUCAGAUCGAUCUUUAAAAUACCAAUCAGAAUGUUAUCGCAUGAUCAAAACAAAUUCUGAUUGGUGCAUUUUCACGAUGGAUGGAGAGAGACUGGAGCGUUUAUUGCAAUCGGCGGUUAAUUGUAUAUGUCUAGGUGUUUAUGGGUAUAUUAUGUUUUUAUUAAUUCACAUCUUUAUUUCGUGCUUCAAUGCUAGAUGUUAUAUUUAUUAUAUAAGUAACUGUAGACCAAAUUGAGUAAGCAAGUCGAAAGUGUGCUAUUUUUAUGUAUAAAAGGAACGCAAGUGUACGAUUUCAUUUUUAAUCCAAUACCCACAUUUGUAAAUAACUGUUGAUCAUGUUUAAAUUAAGGCAGGGUUUGCUAAUUUAAAAUUAUAUUGUGUUCACCCAAGGUAUUAACUAAAGAAAUGUUUUCCUUUAGCCGAAUUAUAAGAGAUUUUAUAUUAAAAACAAUUAAAGUGGUAAGAGCAUUAUUUAGUAUGCAUUUUCAGUUGUGGCCCUGAGUGUAUUUUAAGUUUCGCUCAAAUAAUGUGAAAUUGUAUACAACUUUCAGUUACUUUGGUACCUAUCAGGCUAUUUUUCAAAUUAUUUUUGUAAAUGGUGGAUAAUAAUUUUAUUUUGAAAUACAACAUAGUCUGCAGUUAUUAUAUUUUUUUAUACUCAUAUUUUAUUCGCGAGAGUCCGAAAUUAAAAAUUAAACUAAAAAGUAUUUUUUAGUAGUUAAUUGUUGCACCUCAACCACAUGACACCGACGAAAUUAUUAAAACCGAGGUCCCGUGUUCUAGCUCCGUAGGGGCUACGCGUCGUUUUUUUUUUGUUUUCGCCUGGGGCUUCGCUUCCUUUAGUGUUUCAUUGUCAUGGCUGUUGUAUUUUACUUAGUUACAAAAUUACAACAAACAAACUUUUAACAGUAAAUAUUUGUUAACAUUUCGCAGAGAAGCCUGAUGAAUACUAUAGGGAAUUGAUGUAUGGAACUUGCAUUCUACGACCUGAAAAGUUGAAUAUAAAAAAUUUCCGUAAUAUUUGAAGUUAAUCACAGCCUCUCGUCCAGAUUUUAACAGAGUAUGUUUGUCACUAUGUAAAGAAGCGUGAUCGCCUGAUUUUUUUAAUGAAACGAUAAUUUUAUAAGAGAUUGGAAUUUUUACCGGUAUAGUCAGGGGACUAUUUAGUUUACCGGGGCAUAUCCGUGUUUUGCAAUUACUGGCAUUAUAUUCGAAUAUCAACUUUGAUAGCCGUAUAUGUACCUCGUAUUCAUUAUAAAUUUUAUCCCUAAUUUAAAAUGUCCAUUUAUAUAAUUUUAAUUGUUAUUUAGAAAUAAUUAUUAUGCUUGUAACAUUGUUUUAACGUAUCAUAAGUGCCAUGUUCGCCUACGUGAUAAAUAAAGUAUUUAUUUUAUAGGUAAGAGUCAUAAAACCCCUUAUUGACCUUACUAAAGCUAUCAAAGCUGCCGUUCGAUUAGAAUGCCCGUAAUUGCAAAAAGACGGAUUCGCCCCGUAGACAGAAUUGGACUCCGUCAUUAUGUUCUAUUUAAGUAUACUAUAAUGCAUUUAUAUUGUAUAUUUGUUGUCAAUUUUUAAAUGUGAUUAAUAAUACCAAAAUUUAUUAAAA